GAUCGACGUACAAGGACGUCAAAGGACCGACGUACAAGGACGCGUUGCUGGGCCCGUCGAAGCGAGAGGUUGAGCUCCAGAAGCAGGUGGACACCAUGCGGGCGCAGCUUCAGGACCUCAAGGAGCAGCAGCACGCCACCCACGAGGAUGAAGACGACGAGAAGCCAGUGGACCUGGAUAAGCUCUUCAGGUGGGCUCAAUCGUGCAGAUCCGAGUGGGGAGACGAGUCCACUGAGUACCAGCAGGCGCAUGGGCGCUACAUGCGGGCCAAGGACGCCAAGCAGAGCACGAAGCCGCACUCGGUCCAGCUCACCAAGGCACGGGCUGCCAGGGAGAAGCUCGAGAAGGAGGAGGCGGCCAUCCAUGGCGAGGUCAAGCGGCAUCAGAAGGCGAUGCAGGAUGCGCAGGAGAAGCUCGCCAAGCAAAGUGAGCAGCUCGAGGUCGCAAAGGCCAAGGAGUCGGAGCUCAAGGUGCAGGACGUCUCCAUCAAGGGUAAAGGCUUCCUCACGGCGAUGCAGAAGCAGUACGAAUGGGCCGUCGAAGGAAGCGGCAUCAGCAAAGAGGAGCACGAGCACGCGUUCGCAGCACUCGCCAGGGUGCUGGACAACGCCAGGGAGGAGCCCAAGGAGGACAAGGACGGCAUGGACACUGAAGAGGCGCAGCCAGAAGUGGACAAGCAGGACGCGAGCAGGGACCUCAGCUGUCGCCAGAAGAACAAGAGUGGCUACACGCACGUGGGGUACCUGAGGAUGCCAGCGAAGCACAGCGAAAGAG